GACCAACCAGGAUGGUGUCACCAAUGAGCCUCGUUGCUCACGGGAGCAAGAGGUGCCAGGUGUGGCUAGUCAUUGCUGACUACCAGAAAGGCGCAAAUGUACGGCAUGGGACUGUUUUCGCGGUGUUGGUCCGCCUCGGCCAGUCGCAACUUCGCUUCGCCUCUUCAUAGUUGCUCGCACCUUUGUGCUAUGAUCAGCCGCAGCAUCAUCAGUAUGUCAAACAGGUGAAUUCACGCCAAACACACACCACCAUGUCCCAACUAGUCUACCAAUACUUCCUCAAGAAAACCAAACUCGACCAUGUGGUGAACAUGGGGCCCGACGAGGAUCCUUACUUCGAGGAGAUUCCAGCAGACGAGCUCCACUUCUACCAAAGACAGGGUGCCAAGAGAAAGAGAAGACUUCCCAACUUCAUCUCCCAUCACGAUUUGAAGGUGUUAGAUUCUGUCAAGCGUAAGGCGUACCGGCUUGACUUGCAGCUCAGUCUAUGCGGACUCCGCCUAGGAUGGGCGGGGGUCAUUGGGUUGAUACCCUGGAUAGGCGACUGCAUAGCCUUGAUGCUUGCAUUGCAGGUGUUGAAGAAGGCUAGGGAGGUCGAGGGCGGGCUUCCCGGCAGUUUGGAGCUGAGAAUGAUGGCAAACAUCAUGUUUGACUUUGGCAUUGGCUUGAUUCCGUUUGUGGGGGACUUCAUCAAUAUCCUAUACAAGUGCAACUCGCGGAACUUCAUCUUGUUGGAGGCACAUUUGAUCAAGAAACACCAGAAGAACAAUCCGCCUGGCAGUGCUGCGCUAGCGGGAGCUCCGAAGCCGGCAGCCAAGGUCGUUGUCCCGCAGAGCCAGCCAGGAUCCAAGAACCACUUGGUGUGAGCUGGCUAGGCCUCCAACUGGAGGAAACCCUGUUCCAAAUGGUCCAAACGCAGCUUGAAGUCGUCUAU